AUGGACACCAGCACUGUGGAAGGUAAUAGCGGAGCUCACCCAAAUGAGAUCGACAGACAGCCUAUUCCCAGAGCAGAGGACGAGCAACUGCAGUACAAAAUACAGCUGCUUUUGCAUAUAAACAGUAUCCUACUCGCCAGGGUAAUACAGAUGGCUAACAGCGCGGGCUCCGACGGAAACGGUAAUGCAGGCAUCCCCGAACAACUGCAACCCCUGGCAUCGCAAUAUCUGAAGCGAGUGCACACAAACUUACAAUGCAUCUCGCAGAUCAAUCAAGGAGCAAAAAACGUGAAGCCACUGAUAUUGGAUCCGCCACAGCUACUGGUGCAACAGCCAGCUCAGGAUAUCCUCGCCAAAUUGUACUUACUAAUGACAAGAGUGUUCGAAAUAUGGUGA